AUGGUAUGCAGCGAGAACAAGGAGGAACCAGUAGAACAUAGAUGGAAGUGGGGGAUCGAGGAGAUUGCCGUAGUGGACCAGUACAUAUACCUCGCAGUAGAGAUCGUAAAAGACUGCUUGUGGAAUGCACACAUGUCCAAUGUAGCGGGAAACGGCAAAGCACGAGCAGGGAAGCCGCACCCAAUACUCGCAAACCGGCACCUCGAUACACGCAUCAAAUUGACGGUUUUGAAGAGCAUUACGCCGGAGAAGUAUUGGAAAGGAAAUAAGAAGGUAGUGAAAGAACUCGAGGCGGCGCAGAUGAAAGCAGCGAAAAUCAUUCUAGGAUGCUCCAAGCGCACAACAAGUAAUGCAGCCAUCUUGAUGGGAGAGGAGAGGUUGCCGAGAAUUGUAUGGGAGGCGAAGUGGACCAACAAAAACAGGGGUAGACAACCCACGGAAUGGGUCAAGGUUGUAGAGACCGUAUGGAAGGGGCUCAACAUCGGUGAAGAUGAAACGCUAGAAACGGAGGGUCUACAAGGGUUCAAGGAGAAGAUAUCUGUUGCUUGUACGGAGAGAGAA